AUAGUGAAAAAUAUAAUUCCCUACUUUAAACCCUUAGAGCAACUACAGAAAACUUCGCGCUUUCCUCUUCUGCCCGUUGUUUUCUUUUCUUCUUGGUUUUACCGUCGCCUCAAAAAAAAAAUAAAUCCCUCUUAACCAUCUACAGAAAAGUCCCACCACCCUAACAAUCUGAAUCUAAAGUAGAUAAGCAUCAUUCCUUCAAUUAGGAAAAAAAAAUAUACCUACGUGAUGCACAUUAAGCUGUCUAUAUUAAAAAAUCGGCAGGUAACAAUUAUUCUCCAUUUAUAAAAGGAAAGGUGGCCUUCACGUAAACACCAAAUAUGAAGGAUUUGGCAAAAGCUUAGUAGCCCCCACGUCAACCAAAAUGUUCAAAAGCUACCAUAUAUAAAUACGUACCCUCUCACAGUCCAUCUUCAUCGCAAAGCUUGUCGUCUCUAAUCUCCAGUCUCUAAUCAACCCACCAAGCAAAAUGGCAAGCAACCAUUUCUUCCCCAUCAUUUCUUCAAUUCUGCUGCUACUCCCAUUGGCUUUCCCUUCAUUAGCUGCCUACGAAACCACCCCAAUUAAGACACCAGAGACGCACAUUGAUGUGGUUGUCGAAGGCAUGGUAUACUGCCAGAGCUGUGACCAUUAUGGUUCAUGGUCAAUGGUAGGGGCUGAGCCAGUCCCUUCAGCCAAAGUAAGCAUAAUCUGCAAGAACCACAAAAAUAAAGUCAGCUUCUACAAGGCUUAUGAAACUGAUGGCACUGGUUACUUCUAUGCACAUCUUGAUGGCUUCAAGAUGACCCAUUAUUUAGAUCAUCCUUUACAAUCCUGCCAUGUGAAGCUCGUCUCAUCUCCUCUUGAGAAUUGCAAUCUACUCUCUAAUGUUAACUAUGGACUGUAUGGUGCUCCACUCCGCUAUGGGACGAGAUCAUUUGGACGGAACUAUGAGGCCAUUGUCUACUCUGCUGGCCCCUUGGCUUUCCAUCCCGCUCAUUGCCCCCCAACCACUCACUACUGAAGUCUUGCUGCUGAUCUUUCAAGUCUAAUAAGCUGCCCGGUUUGAUGUUAACUAUUGGUUUUUCUUCUGCUUGGUUCACGUUUGUUAUGCAUUUGUCCAUCCGUACGUGACAUUAUUUUGUUCUCUAAAUUGAAUAAACUUAACUAAGUUGCGGGCA